AUGGAGACGAGGCUGCUAGGACGCGCAGUUGGACGAAACCAAGGCGACGGAUCGAUCGCUCGCCGGCCUCCCGGGCCGGACCGCCCCCCAGAAGCGAUGGAGGAACCGGGCCCCCUCAGUCCGGCCCCCGAGGAUCCCUCCAAAGCCUAUGCCGAGGUAGAGCCCACUCUGGGUGAUGCCCUGGCCGCCUCCGCGGGCCCUAUGCGGGGGGGCAAUUCCCCGUCGGCGUCCGAGUCCUCGGACGGGCCCAUCCCACUCCGGGGCCGGAGCCCGAGCACCUCGGGGACCGUGGGGCAGGGCGGCCCCGAGACCCCCGCCCGGCCCAGCCCGACCCUCGGGUCUCUCCGUCGGCCAGGGGAGACAAGGCCUCAGCCUCGCCCCUCGACCCCCUGUCCCGGCCCUCCCUGGACAGCCCGGAACGGCUUUCAGGCCCGGGGGCGUCUAGUCCCGCCGCGGGACUCCAGGGUCGGGGGGCUCAGCCCGCCCGAACCGGCCCCGUGGGGGUGGCAGGGAUCCGAGCUGGAGCCCAGCGGCCCAGCCCUGGCCGCCCACAACGCCAAGGCCUAUCUGCUGAAGAGCGGUACCCCGUCCGGCCUGAACCUGUAUGAUCAUCUCUGUAAAAUCCUGACAAAGAUUUUGGAUGAACGUCCAGAAAACGCUGUUGACAUCAUUGAAAAUAUCAGCCGAGAUGUAAAGAGGGCUCAUUUCCACAAGAAAAUGGACACUCUCCAAAAUGAGAAUGAGGUGCUUUUAGCUUAUGAAAUGGCAGAGACACAAAAGGCCCUUUUCUCCCAGGCCAAUUUGGAAGGCGAUCAAGAGCUGGAAGAUGAAAUUGCAGAAAGUCCUCUCCCAAACAUAAUGGAAGCGGCCUUCUACUUUGAACAAGCAGGAGUUGGUCUGAGUACCGACGAGACUUACCGCAUAUUUCUUGCCCUCAAACAACUCACCGACGCCCGACCGAUCCAAACCUGCCGGUUCUGGGGCAAGAUCUUGGGCCUGGAGAGGAAUUACAUUGUGGCUGAAGUGGAAUUCCGGGAAGGGGAAGAGGAAGAGGAAACAGACGAGGAGGGCAUGAUGGUCCAGGCAGAAGGAGAGGCCAGAGAAGAGUUAGAGGAAAAUGCGGAACAGCAAGAUGACCAUUUGCCAAAGCCCGCCUACAAGCCUCCCCAGCCGAUUCCCAAAGAAGAAAACAGAACUGGUGCCAACAAAUAUACCUAUUUUGUUUGCAACGAGCCAGGAAAACCCUGGAUAAAGUUACCGCCCGUGAUACCGGCCCAAAUCGUGGUGGCGAGAAAAAUCAAGAAAUAUUUCACUGGACGGUUGGAUGCGCCCAUCAGGAGCUACCCUCCUUUUCCAGGGAACGAGAAACAUUACCUGAGGGCACAAAUUGCCCGGAUUUCGGCGGGAACCCACGUCAGCCCCCUGGGCUUCUACCAGUUUGGGGAAGAAGAAGCAGAAGAGGAAGAAGAGGAAGGAGGUAGACGAGAUUCCUAUGAGGCGAAUCCUGAUUUCGAAGGCUUUCCAGCGGUUGAGCUGGUGGACUCCCUCUCCAACUGGGUGCAUCACGUACAACACAUUCUCCCCCAGGGACGCUGUGUUUGGUUUCACCCCUCCCAGAAGAUGGAAGAAGAGGAGGAGGAGGAAGAAGAAGAGGAAGAAAGUGAAAAGGAGGAAAAAAGGGAAGAGCCAGAAGACAUAGAGCAAGAAGUGGGGCCUCCACUACUGACUCCACUCUCUGAGGAUUCAGAGAUCGAAGACAUCCCUCCGUGGACAGCCCGCUUAGCGGCCAGCGUGAUCCCUCAGUAUGCCUUGGCUGUGCUGCGGUCCAACCUGUGGCCCGGAGCCUAUGCUUUUUCCAUUGGCAAGAAGUUUGAGAAUCUCUAUCUGGGCUGGGGCCACAAGUACAGCCCGGGGAACUACACGCCCCCACUUCCGCCCCCGGUUCUGCAGGAGUACCCGAGCGGGCCUGAGAUCACUGAGAGCAGCGAUCCCACUGCAGAAGAAGAGCAAGCUAUCCGAGAGGCCCGAGAAACAGCCUUGGUUGCGGCAGAGGAAAGGGAAGAUGUGGAGGAAGAAGACGAGGAUGAAGAAGAUGAUGAUUACGAAUAGUCGAAGAGUACAAGGCUGCUUGUACUCUUUUAGACUGUGAGCCCACUGUUGGGUAGGGACUGUCUCUAUAUGUUGCC